AUGCCGCCCGGGGCUAUUCGUUUUACUCUCUCCGUCGAUGACCUACAUGCCUUGGGGAUACCCCGCGACUUGGACCCCAACUUGAUAGCAGAACUGCUCCAGAGAAUUGGGACGCCAAAGCCAAAGCAAGAGCAGAAGCAUCCCUGCCGCAACUGUCUUGACAUCUAUCACAAGACGAAGCAUUGCCCGGUUCCCUGCGGCCACUGCGGCCAGGACUGGCACAACGUCGACGCCUGCACCAGCUCCAAGCGCAACCGCUGCCGCUGCAGCCCCUUUCCUCAACGACACCUCGCCAAGCAAUGUCCCAAGAUGUGUACACCGGGUGAAUGUCCCACCUUUCAUGUUGGCGACAAGAUCACAGCCAUGAUGUGCAAGGUCCGCUGCUGCAUGUGUGGUAUUCCGGGCCACGCCGGCCGUGAUUGUCACCUGAAGAAGUGCCGCUGCGGAGGGGAGCACUUGACCGUGGACCACAUGCCCAUGGAUCGGCAGUGCGUCGUGCUGGACUGCCCGCGAUGGUUCUGCACCAAGCAUUGCCAGGCUUGCGAGAUCGAGCUAGAGAAACUCAACGAUGAGGUAUGCCGGAGCUGCGGUGCCAAGCAGCAAAUCCGGCCCUCUGUGCCACGGAAGCACCUACCGACGAAUCCUGAUUACGAAUAUGUGGUCGCAGCGAUGGUAUGGGGCAACAGCAAGUAUGGCAAGGCUAUAUUUGGCAAUAAGGUCACAUUCCAAAAGCCGCCAAUGGAGGAAGAUCCGGGAGCGAAAGCAGCAUAA